AUGGGCAACAGCCAAUCCUAUGAUGUUACCAAUGUGAGCAGUCGGGAAGCAAAACGACAGGAGAAAACUGGCUCGGUAAAACCAUUACAAGACGACUUACCACCGCGAAUUCUCGAAUCCAAUGAGCAUGAGAAAGCCGAAAACAAGGCCCCUACGGAACACGGAGCGCAUCAUGACGAACACCAUAUAGAACAUCACAAAUCGCAUGCUCCAGAGCCCCCGAUAGAACCGGCGGUUGUGGUUGUAUCGCAUGAAGAGAAGAAGAGUAAUCCAGAAAUUGGUGACGGGGUGAAUGUGACAGACUUAGAGCUUCUUUAUCGUGUGGAAGAGCCGGAUGCAAUACCAGUGGAUGCAUUCCCCGCUCAAUCUCGCUAUGACUAA